AGCCAUAGACAAAAAAGUUCUACUGAUUUGACGUUUCCGUUCAUAUUUCUUUUUCUUUCGGCCAUUUUCGCCGAAAGUACGGUGUUCCGUUGAGGUCGCGUAUCUAUUCGUGGCCUUUAGAUCACUGAAUUAAAACAAAGUCAAGAUGGUGCAGAAGAAGCCCAAGAAGAAGGUAGGCAAGAAGGUAGCCGCCGCUCCUUUAGUGGUCAAGAAAGUUGAACCCAAAAAGAUUGUCAACCCUCUCUUCGAGAAGAGGUCCAGGAAUUUCGCUAUCGGUCAGGACAUCCAGCCCACCCGUGACCUGUCCCGCUUUGUCCGAUGGCCCAAGUACAUCCGCAUCCAGCGCCAGAAGGCCGUGCUCCAGCGCAGGCUCAAGGUGCCCCCACCAAUCAACCAGUUCACCCAGACCCUUGACAAGACCACAGCUAAGGGCCUCUUCAAAAUCUUGGAGAAAUACAGGCCUGAGACUGAAGCUGUCAGGAAAGAGCGCCUGAGGAAGGCUGCUGAGGCUAAGGUUGCCAAGAAGGAUGACCCUCCACCAAAGAGGCCCAACACCAUCCGCGCCGGCACCAACACCGUCACCAAGCUGGUGGAGAAGAAGAAGGCACAGCUGGUCGUCAUCGCCCACGACGUCGACCCUAUUGAGCUGGUCCUCUUCCUGCCCGCUCUGUGCCGCAAGAUGGGAGUCCCAUACUGCAUCGUGAAGGGCAAGUCCCGCCUGGGAGCCCUGGUCCACCGCAAGACCUGCACCUGUGUCGCGCUCACUAACGUGGAGUCUGGCGACCGUGCCGCCUUCUCGAAGGUGGUGGAGGCCAUCAAGACGAACUUCAACGAGCGGUACGACGAGCUCCGCAAGCACUGGGGCGGCGGCGUGCUCGGCAACAAGUCCAACGCGCGCAUUGCCAAGCUGGAGAAGGCGAAACAGCGCGAGAUCGCGCAGAAGCAGGGUUGAGGGACGAAUAAAGAGUAAAAUAUAA